AUGUCCUCUCCUCUGGUCACCUCGCUCUACGGCAUCCUCUCGCCCUCAUCCAAUGGCGGGUCCACUUUGCCGCUCAACUCCAUCGCCGCCAGCCUCAGCGCGGCCUCAUCGACGCUUUCCAUGGGCACCGAGGGUGCAGUGUCCAGCACAGUGCCGACCACCACCUCAACUCUGGCCGCCGAUGGCCUCAUCACGACGCUCACCACUUUAGUGAGCGGCGAUCCGAACUGCACGGUGUCAUCGAUAAUCAGCACCGCCUCCAUGUCGCCCGACUACGAGCAGGAACAGCAGGAUCACAACAUCUACAUCAUGCCUUUAUUCACUCAAAUUAUUUGGAGCUUUAUUUUUGGCUCCAUGAUCUUCGUCGCUGCUGGAGGCAACAUUAUUGUGAUAUGGAUUGUCUUGACGCACAAGAGAAUGAGAACAGUAACCAAUUAUUUUCUGGUGAAUCUCAGUCUUGCCGACACUAUGGUGGCGCUACUUAACGUGCUUGAAAAUUUCAUUUACAUGCUUAACGGCGACUGGCCGUUUGGUGAAAUGUAUUGCAAAGUAAGCAAUUUUGUCGCCAUCCUCUCCGUGGCCGCCAGCGUCUUCACAUUGAUGGCCAUCAGCAUUGAUCGGUACCUGGCCAUUGUGCACCCGUUGAGGCCGCGAAUGUCACGCACUAUGACCCUGAACAUAAUCGUUUGUAUCUGGAUCUGCAGCAGUCUUCUCUCCUUGCCAAACAUCAUUUACUCGACAACGUUGCUGGAAAGUUUCAGAAAUGGCGACUCUCGAGUCAUCUGUUACUUGGAGUGGUACGACGGACCUUCUACAAAGUCAAGAAUGGAAUAUAUCUACAAUAUUCUCAUCCUGCUGGUGACUUACAUGCUGCCAAUUGUUUCGAUGAGCUACACUUACUUUCGCGUCGGCAAAGAGCUAUGGGGCAGUCAGAGCAUCGGCGAGUGUACCGCCAAGCAAAUGGAAAGCAUCAAAUCGAAACGAAAAAUUGUCAAGAUGAUGAUGAUCGUGGUGGCAAUAUUUGGCAUUUGCUGGUUUCCUUACCACGUAUACUUUCUCCUUGCUCACCACUACCCGAGUAUCGUCAGCUCAGAAUACGCUCAGCACACUUAUCUGUCAAUAUACUGGCUGGCCAUGUCUAAUAGCAUGUAUAAUCCCUUUGUCUACUGUUGGAUGAACUCCAGAUUUAGACAAGGCUUCAAAAACAUUUUCUGCUGCACUUGUUUGCGGCAAAAGGACCAGAACAUGUUCGACAAGCCACG